CAAAAGACUAUAAAUAUGCUCCCAUUAUGUCAACGACUGCAACAUUUCCAUUGAAGUCACGCAACAAAAUGCAACCAGCUACACUCUUUGGCUUUCUGCUCUUGGGCAUCUUUGUGACCCUGUCAACCGCCUACAAUGGCCAGGAUAUCUACGCCGAACCCAACUGCGCCAUUGUUGAGGAUCAUGCUCGCAAAUUCCGUGACAUCUCGGAUCCCACUCACUACUGGGUGUGUCCCGAGGGACAGGAGAAGGCCGACUACAUUCAGUGCCCCGACAAUUAUGCCUUCAUGGAGCCCGAGCAGGCUUGCGUUGUCUGGGAGGAGUGGAAGUGGCUUGAGCCUUAUACCAAAUAAACGACAACUUCGAUAAAACUUUAUUGGCAUUUAUGGUGCAAAAGUAAGAAAAAAAAACAGCGCAAAAAAAAAAAAAACUUCAACCUGUCGUUUCAACUUAUGUAGCCAAAACUUUUGAUGGAAUUUGUCUGGGUCAGUGUGAAAGAAAUAAAUUAAUUAAAUG